AUGCAUUUGAAGGUACUUUAAAUGAUGUACACAAUCUCACCAAAGACGCAGUAAAAUGGCUUAAAGAACUUCCAUUCCAAUUACGACAGUAUAACAACGAAAUUUAACAAUUGGACCGAAUAAAAACGACUUAUUUAUUAUACUUAAAAAGUGUAUAUAUGUUUUAUACUUACACUAAUAAAUACAUUUGUUUUUUUUUUGCACGUAUAAUGCAUAAUUUUUUAAAACGUUGUUGGUUUUAUACAAUUAUUUAUUUGUUAAAUGUUGCAAAACCAUAUGGAUAUAUUAUAUACCCAACAGAAACAAUACUAUAUGCCUACUGAAACACAUGGGUUUUCCAUCAUAGGUGACCUUAUGCUCCGCAUAGGUAGCAAAUAAAAAAAAUAUAUUAACUCUUCAACUCCCAAGCUGUUUUACCUUUAACAGUUAAAUCAAAAAUAUUGCGUGUAUCUACCCGCUAUUUAUUAUUUAUUUUGUCGUAAAUAUAAAUCAGAUAGGUUUCCUGCCUACGUACCAAAAAACAAAAGUCCGCCCCAACUUGCUUAAAAAAAUCUGAUGGUACUUGGUGCAAAUCAGAUAAAGAGAAAGCUGAACUUUUCUGUUCUCACCUUUCAGAAGUUUUUAAGCAUCACCAACCAACUUCUAACGUCACCUUCUCGAAAACAAUUGAAAGCUCUCUUAAUUCAGUCCUGCCACUUUAUCUCGCCCCCAAACCUUUUUUACCAGGUGCGGUUCUUCGUUUUAUAAAUACGUUUCCACUGAAAAAGUCACCCGGUAUAGACCUCAUCACAGCUGAGGUAGCUCGACAACUGCCAAAGACGGCUUUAAUUCACCUAACCCACAUCUUAAACUCUAUCUUGAGGCUAUCGUACUUCCCCAUUCAAUGGAAAGUAUCCCUUAUAAUCCUAAUUCCCAAGCCUGGCAAACCUCCCGAUACUCCAUCAUCUUAUCGUCCAAUAAGCUUACUUCAUUUCUUUGUAAAACUGUGUGAAAAAAUGAUCCUAAAACGAAUAUCCAAUAUAAUUAACGACAAAAAAAUUAUCCCCUGCACGCAAUUUGGCUUCCAAGACAAACAUUCCACUAUCCAUCAGGUACACCGCCUUAUUGACUCAAUUGCCUACUCCUUAGAAACGAAGUCACACUGCUCAGCUGUCCUACUCGAUGUUGCCCAAGCCUUUGACAGAGUCUGGCAUCCUGGUCUCUUACACAAGCUGAAAAUAAUUCUCCCUCCACCGUAUUAUUUAUUUUUUAAGUCAUAUCUCGAGGACAGAUUCUUUGCCGUUAAAGUUGGCUCUGAAAUCUCAAAUUUGGCCCCAAUCCUUGCUGGUGUUCCUCAAGGCGCCAUCUCUUCUCCCAUAUUGUUUAACAUAUACACAUCGGAUCAACCAACCACUUCUCAAACUUCUGUAGCCGACUUCGCUGAUGAUAAAGUUAUAUAUAUUUCCGAAAAAAACCCAUUUCUUGCCAGCCAAUAUUUGCAGAACCAUCUAAACCUACUCUCUGAUUGGUAUUCCAAUUGGAGAAUUAAAAUAAACAAUGACAAAUCAUCCCACAUCACCUUCACUCUCAAACAAUCCACAGUACCUCCAGUUUAUUUAAACAAUAAAGUUAUUCCUUCCUCCUCUAAUGUUAAAUAUUUGGGUCUCACUCUCGAUAAACGACUUACCUGGGCCUUACAUAUUAAGCAGAAACGUUUCUUGCUAAAUGCCAGACGAAGAGCGCUCUUCCCACUUAUAGGAAGACAAGCAAAAACUGACCUAAAAACUAAACUGCUACUGUACAAAACCCUUCUCAAGCCAAUUUGGUUAUACGGUAUCCAAUUGUGGGGUGCAGUAAAAAAGUCUAAUACUUACAAAAUCCAGGCAUUCCAAUCGACCUCACUGCGAAUGAUUAUAGGCGCUCCUCCGUACAUUUCAAACCACACCUUACACUCAGACUUAAAAAUUUUAACUGUCCAUGAUGAAGCCAAAAAUGCCUAUAGACUUUUCCGCGCGCGUCUUACAAACCACUCUAAUCCAUUAAUCCGUGUCUUAAACUCCAAUUCCAUUCCAGAUAAUCCACCUAGAAGGUUAAAGCGUAAUUGGAACCGUGACCUGUAA